CCCAGCCCAGCGGCGGGCGGGGCGUUCGCGUCGACUCGGUUCCCCCGGCGAUUGCUUCUGUCUGUUGUUGAGUUAUGGUGCGGGACGGGACCCCCGGAGGCGGCUGGCACCCCGGCUGGAGUGCGGCUCGUUGCUGAGCGCCGCCCCGGUCGGUGCCGAGCGGGCUAUGGGCGAGCCCGACCCCUUGGUCUCGGGGCAGCUCGCGGCCGGCCGGAGCUGGUGCUUGCGGCGGCUGGGGAUGGACCGCGAGUGGUUGCAGCUGGAGGCUGCGAGUGAGGUAACGAUUGGUCGAGGAUUUGGUGUCACUUACCAGCUGAUAUCAAAGGUGUGCCCUCUGAUGAUUUCUCGAAACCACUGUGUUUUGAAGCAGAAUCCCGAGGGACAGUGGACAAUUAUGGACAACAAGAGUCUGAAUGGUGUUUGGCUGAACAGAGAGCGUCUGGCACCAUUACAGGUUUAUUGCAUCCAGAAGGGAGACCAUAUCCAGCUUGGAGUGCCACUGGAAAAUAAGGAGAAUGCGGAGUAUGAAUAUGAAGUUAUCGAGGAAGACUGGGAGAGGCUGUGUCCCUGCCUGGCUCCAAAGAAUGAGCAGACGGGGGAAAAAAAUAAAGACUUGAGAACUAAAAGGAAGUUGAGUUUGGAUGGACUAGAGAGUCCCGCAGCUGACGGUCCCUCGGAUCUCAAAUGCAGAGUCACUGCACUGUCCUGCAAAGCUCUUGAGCCGGUGAAGUUACAAGUCAAAGGUGAAGCGGCGAGUCAGCCCUUGGGAUGCUCGUGUCCUAAGCUGACUUCUCUGGAGGCUCACGCUUGCUCUGCUCUCCCAAAGAUCAUCGAACUUUACCCCAAGAAACAGAAGGGCUCCAACCCUUCCGCAUCCCAGAGCAGCUUAGAGCUGUUUAAGGUGACCAUGUCCCGGAUUCUGAAGCUGAAAACCCAGAUGCAGGAAAAGCAGAUCGCUGUUCUGAAUGUGAAGAGGCAGACCCGGAAGGGGAGCUCGAAGAAAGUCGUGAGGAUGGAGAAGGAGCUGCAAGCUCUACAGUCUCAGCUGUAUGCAGAGCAGACUCAGCAGCAGGCGCGGGUGGAGCAGCUGGAGAAGACUUUCCAGGAGGAGCAGCAUCACCUCCAGGGUUUGGAGAAAGAGCAGGACGAGGAUCUGAAGCAACAGCUGGUCCAGGCCCUGCAGGAGCAUCGAGCUCUGAUGGAAGAGCUGAAUCACAGCAAGAAGGACUUUGAGAAAAUCAUUCAAGCCAAGAACAAAGAACUGGAGCAGGCCAAGGAAGAAAAGGAGAAGGUCCAAGCACAGAAGGAGGAGGUCCUCAGCCACAUGAAUGACGUGCUGGAGAACGAGCUUCAGUGCAUCAUCUGCUCCGAGUACUUCAUCGAGGCCGUCACCCUGAACUGUGCCCACAGUUUCUGCUCCUUCUGUAUCAGUGAAUGGAUGAAACGGAAAGUCGAGUGUCCCAUUUGUCGGAAGGACAUUGAGUCCAAAACCCACUCCCUGGUUCUGGACAAUUGCAUUAAUAAGAUGGUGGAUAAUCUGAGCUCAGAAGUGAAAGAGAGACGGAAUAGCCUUCUUAGGGAACGGAAAGCAAAGAGACUGUCAUGAAGGUCACCCUCCAAGGACAUGUGAGAGACACUAGGGGAAGGCGUCUUGGAGUGACCUAGAGGAUUCCUGGAUUCCCUCAGGCUGCUCUGGACAUCACCUGGGAGGUCACGUGCGGCAGAGACUGAGUUAGGAAGCCUGUAUCACUGGCCUUCCAUCUGCCAACCCUACCGACACCAUCGUCUAAGGGACCACGGGACUCCCCCACCGACCGCUUCACUACAUGAUGAAUGAGUUGAGUUGUACAUUUCCGGAUGUGUUGGUUGAUUUUGGUACCUCAUGCACCCUGUUGACAUCAUCCUGGACAGCUGGGUGCACCCUAUGGCUGCCCUGAAGGCAGCGUGCGUUUGGAGUCUGGUUUACCUUUCUUUGUGAAAACAAGAUGUCAUUUCUUAGAAAUAAAAUGUAAAACCCGCCA